AUGGCGGCUGGCGGGGCUGUCGCUGCGGCGCCCGAGUGCCGGCUUCUGCCCUACGCGCUACACAAGUGGAGCUCCUUCUCCUCUACUUACCUUCCCGAGUCAAGGGUUGGCAGUCAGGCCUUCAGUAGGGUUUGCUUCAGUGAAGGGUGCCAAGUGACUUGUGGUCAGAUCUGGCCUGUGUGGCCUAUUGAUGGCUACUGCGUGGCUGUGUCCCUGAUUGAUGUUGGACUCCCAGCUUUUCAUUUGAGAAUGAGCCAGCCCACGUGGGACGAUUGCCAGCAGCUUUUGCAGGUCCUGUUCAAGACUGAGGAAAGAGAAAAAAUCCUCAAUGAAGCCCGAAAACUAGCUCCGGGCGCAGACGGGAAUCCCACCACCAACCAGGCUCAGAUAGAUGCCUCCUUCCCCCUAACUCGGCCCAAGUGGGAUUUCAACACAGCAGAAGGGGCAACUGGUACGAGCCAGUAUUCAUGGAUUACCCGAAGAACAGUAGAUUUGGGGACGGGACGGUUAUCCCACUCCUUUAUGGUAAUACCGGAAUGCCCCUACCCGCUGUUAGGACGGGACUUACUGACCAAGAUUGGAGCUCAGAUAACUUUCAGACAAGGGGGGCCUCAGGUCACCAAUGGCAAGGGCCACCCCAUCCAGGUCCUGACCAUGAAACUAGAGGAUGAAUACCGCCUCCACCGGGAGGCACUCCCGAGAGAGGAUAAUAUAGACAGAUAGCUACAAGAAUUCCCAUCGGUUUGGGCAGAGACAGGGGGAAUGGGACUAGCUGCUCAAAGGACCCCGGUCCUGGUAGAGCUCAAGUCAGGAGAAGGUCCGGUAAGGAUCAAACAAUACCCCAUGUCUCAGGAGGCGCAGAAGGGGAUCCAGCCACACAUCUGGAGACUAUGAAGCCUAGGGGUACUAGUUCCUUGCCAGUCUGCCUGGAACACCCUCCUACUGCCGGUCAAAAAACCUCACACAAAUGACUGUCAACUGGUACAAGACCUCUGGGAAGUAAAUAAGAGGGUCACGGACAUACACCCAACUGUUCCCAACCCAUAUACUCUCUUGAGCUCCUUGGCACCCUCCAGGGUCUGGCAUACUGUACUAGAUUUAAAGGACGCUUUCUUCAGUCUGCCGCUGGCACCCCAAAGCCAACCCUUGUUCACCUUCAAGUGGCAUGAUCUGGAGGAGGGCUACAGCGGGCAUCUCACCUAGACAUGGCUGCCUCAGGGGUUCAAAAAUUCGCCCACCAUGUUCCACGAGGCACUACACGAGGACCUGGGUGAGUACAAAGUACUCCUACAGUACGUAAAUGACAUCCUGAUUGCUGCGGACACGGCCAAGGGCUGUGAGCAAGGGACCCGGGGCCUGCUGGCUACCCUGGGGGCCUUGGGGUACCGGGCAUCCGCGAAAAAGGCUCAGAUAUGCAGGGAGAGGGUAAGUUACGUGGGAUACAUCCUGGAGGGCGGACAGCGGCGGUUAUCAGAUGCCAGAAAAGAAACUGUCCUGAAGAUUCCUCCUCCCCCCUCCCGAAGGGAAGUAAGGGAAUUUCUAGGAUCGGCUGGCUACUGCCACCUCUGGGUUCCGGGUUUUGCUGAGAUCACCAGGCCUCUAUAUGAAGCUACCAAAGAGGGGAAAACAUUUGAAUGGACUGAAAAAGAAGAAACUGCCUUUAAUCAGUUAAAAAAGGCCCUCCUAAGUGCCCCAGCCCUGGGCCUGCCAGACAUUACGAAGCCCUUCCACCUCUUUGUAGACGAACACAAGGGAAUAGCAAAAGAGGUUCUAACUCAAGCCUUAGGCCCCUGGAACCGCCCGGUGGCUUACCUAUCCAAGAAGCUAGACCCAGUGGCUGCCGGCUGGCCGCCAUGCCUAAGAAUUAUUGCGGCGACAGCACUCCUAGUCAAGGAUGCAGACAAACUGACUGUAGGACAGGAGAUCUGGAUCACGACCCUACACGCCAUUGAAGGGGUCCUGAAACAGCCUCCUGAAAGAUGGAUGAGUAAUACACAUAUGACUCAUUACCAGAGCCUCCUACUCAACCCUCCAUGGGUGUGGUUCCACCCCAGUGCGGCCCUCAAUCCUGCAACCCUGCCGCCCAACCCUGACCUAGAUGCUCCACUACAUGACUGUGCGGGGAUCCUGGAGCAAGUACAUGGAUUCCGGACAGAUCUGACUGACUGGCCCCUCCCCGAUGCCAAGGCUACUUGGUUCACUGAUGGCAGCAGCUUUGUGUGGGACAGACACAGGUAUGCGGGUGCAGCGGUGGUCACCGAAACGGACACCGUAUGGGCAGAGGCUCUACCCUCCGGAACGUCAGCCCAGCGAGCAGAGCUCAUCGCCCUCACCAAGGCGCUGACACUGGGAGCUGGAAAACGGCUUAACAUCUACACAGACAGCCGUUAUGCAUUUGCCACAGCUCAUAUUCAUGGGGCAAUUUAUCAGAAGAGGGCGUUACUGACGGCAGAAGGACGGACUAUAAAAAAUAAGCAGGAGAUACUUGACCUGCUUACAGCCUUAUGGCUUCCUGCCACGCUGACCAUUAUCCAUUGCCAAGGGCACCAGAAAACUGAUAACCUGGUAGCUAAAGGUAAUCGAAAGGCUGACCAGGCAGCCAAGGCAGUAGCCCUUAUUUCAGUCCCCACCGUGACCAUACAACUACCGGACCCGGGAGACCCAGUUUUACCAGACCAGCCCAAAUACUCCCAGGAGGAGUUACAGCGGAUCAAGAAACUCCCCAUGGCCCAGGAGAUAAAGGGAUGGUUGUAUACACCUAACAAGGAGCUCGUGCUGCCAGACCGGCUCGGAGUCUCAGUAUUAGAGCACAUGCAUUGGUCUACUCACACGGGGGCCCGAAAAUUAAAAGACUUAAUCCGACAUGCCAGAAUCAAGAUUCACCAACAGGACACCAAAAUAGAGCAAGUUAUAUCUGCCUGCAAAACCUGCCAACUCACCAACGCGAGAGCCACAUCAAAUGAAAAAGGAACCAGGCUCAGAGGCACAAGACUGGGAGCCCAAUGGGAGGUCGACUAAACUGAAGUUAAACCAGGAAAGUAUAGUUAUAAAUAUCUUUUAGUAUUUACAGACACCUUCUCUGGCUGGGUAGAGGCAUACCCAACUAAGCAUGAAACGGCUCAGACGGUGGCUAAGAAGCUACUAGAAGAUAUCUUACCCAGGUUUGUUUUUCCUGCCAUAAUAGGAUCAGACAGUGGACCAGCUUUUAUCUCGAAGGUAACGCAGGCAGUAGCCAAGGCUGUGGAGGCAAACUGGAAAUUACAUUGUGCUUAUAGGCCCCAGAGCUCAGGACAGGUAGAAAGAAUGAAUAGACCCCUAAAAGAGACCCUUACCAAAUUAACCAUGGAGACUGGUGGGGACUGGGUGACUCUCCUACCGUAUGCCCUUUACUGGGUUAGGAACACUCCUUACACCUUGGGUUUUACUCCCUACGAGAUCAUGUUUGGCAGGCCACCCCUUAUUAUUCCCAACCUUUGAGCUGAACUUCUUAUUGAAUUUAAAGAUCAAGAACUUUUUCUUUCCUUGAGAAGGCUCCAAGGGCCACGCCUCCGUGCCAUCUACGAGGCUGGCCUGACUCCAACACCUCAUCAGUACAGGUCGGGAGACUGGGUCUACAUCAAGAGGCACUGCUGAGAGACCCUCAAGCCGUGCUGGAAGGGACCCUACAUUGUGGUGCUGACAACCCCCACUGCUCUCAAAGUAGACGGCAUCACGACCUGGGUCCAUCACACCCACGUUCGGCCAACAGACCCCUCCUCAGUCUGGAAGGACUUCAUCACAUGA